AUGAUGACCAUGAUGAUGAUGAACAUGAUGAUGAUGAACAUGAUGAUGACCAUGAUGACCAUGAUGAUGACCAUGAUGAUGAUGACCAUGAUGAUGAUGACCAUGAUGAUGAUGAACAUGAUGAUGGUCGGCUAUACCGUUCGGUUGGAAAUGGCUAUGGUGGCUGGCUCGGCCAUGUACUCGCUGGCGGGAACAAGGUCAGACACGGAUUAUGUCGGCGUCUUUACCAUGCCGAGCGAAGCGUAUCUGGGACUGGAGAAGGCGAGCAGUGUCAUGGACUCCAUUGCUAAUGUGCCUGGGCACGGAUCAGAGGCUGAAGAAGAUCAUGCUCUCCAUGAGAUCGGCAAGUUUGCACGCAUGCUGGCAAAGGGCAACUUUCAGGCCGUCGAGCAGCUGUACUCUUCUGUUGAGGGCAAGACACCAGUCGUUGCAUCGCCGGCCUGGGCUGCCCUCGCUGACCGCCGAUCCGAGUUUGUCACGGCUGAAUUUGUCACCAUGUACUUGCUCUACGUGCGGACGCAGCUGCGGCGACACGGCAAGCGCGCCGCAGAGCGAUCCGAGCCGAAGAAGUGGUACAACAUCUUUCGGGCCCUCUACGUCAUUGGCGCUGUGGUCGAUGGCCGCCCGCCACCUAUUGCGCUCGACGCCUCGCAUCCUGACGACAGCAGAGCCAUUGACAGGCUCCUGGCUAUCAAGCGCGGCGAGAUCGACCAGGUCUUGCUGUUCAUGGAGGCCAAGGACCGCCACGCCACGCUUGUUGCGGCCGACCUCUCUCAUCUCCCACAGAGCUGCGACCGCGAGUGGCUUAACUCGUGGAUCCUCGCUGUCCGCCGCGGCGACUACCUCGAUCCGGAUGUUCCCGAGCUCUUUGUCAUCGAGCCGUCGACCGCCGCCGAUCCCUACGCCGACCUCACAGCAGCCGACGAGCCGAGCAAUGCCGAGUAG